UGAAACAGAAUGCGAAGGACAAACUCAGCUUUAAUCAGUUUUCUGCAGUUCCACUUGUACCGGGGUUGGAAUUCUCAAGCCUCAAUCCUUUUAGCGUCUCCAGUGAUAGUUUGUGUUUGUGAAUGUUAUUUUGUACUGCAGCUCAAAGCUCCGUUUGGGAGUCGGGGCACUGGAUGGCUCUGGGCUCCAUGCAGGAGACUCCCUGUCCUGGCAGGGGCUUGGAAUUCAGAGCCUCAGUUGUUCUGUUCCUUGUGAGCACGCAGAGUGCAGGCAUCUAGGACAGCAUUUGCACAACAGACAGAUCCAGAUGAGAGUGGCAGAAGGAGCUGCACCCAGAGAUUCCCCUUCUCUCUGAGCUGGGUGAGGGGGAAAAAAGCCCCACGUGUGGGUAGAUGUCCUUCUGGGCAUUCUGCCUCUGCUUGUGGGGCAGCUGUGGUGGUGGUGGGGAUGAACACAGCCCUGCUUGGGGCAGGAUCCUGCCGAUGAUUUGGAAGAACGAGGUGAUUUUCAGCAGCCCUGGGCGUCCAGGGAAGGGGAGCAGAGCUGGGGAGGGUUUGCCGGUGCCUGUCAGCAUCACCUGGCGCGCAGCAGGCAGGACACGCUGUCCCAGCCUGGCCAGAGACAGCAGCGUGACCUCCUGGAAACUGGAGCCGGCUCCUGCCUGUGCCGGGGGCUGCUGGGCACGCUGCUGUCCCUCUGCACUGGUGCCAGGGGCUGCUGGGCACGCUGCUGUCCCUCUGCACUGGUGCCGGGGGCUGCUGGGCACGCUGCUGUCCCUCUGCACUGGUGCCGGGGCUGCUGGGCACGCUGCUGUCCCUCUGCACUGGUGCCAGGGGCUGCUGGGCACGCUGCUGUCCCUCUGCACUGGUGCUGGGGCAGCGCUGGGGCUGCUGUUCUCCCCUCGGGCUCGGAGCGGCACAGGCAGCCUCCCGCAGGGUCGCUGCUUGUCCUCAGCCGAAUGUCAGCGUCCCCACAGGCAGAGAGAGGCUGCUGCCCUUCGCUGCUCCCCUCCCGAGGGUUCCUUUGCUCUGGGAGGGGGCCUGUGCCACGUCUGCAGCCGCUGUCGCUGUCCCCCGCCGCAGCACGCCGCGCUGUCCGAGUACCGCCCCAUCCUGCCCGCAGCGCCUGCCCUGCGGCCCCGCGGCAGCGUGGCGGACAAGAAGCUGAUCCUCAUCCCCGUCAUCUUCAUCUUCCUCCGCAUCUGGAGCACCGUGCGCUUCGUGCUGACCCUCUGUGACUCCCCCGCCGUGCAGAACUCCGUCCUGGUCGUCCUGCACGGAGUUGGGAACACGUUCCAAGGAGGAGCCAACUGCAUCAUGUUCGUGCUGUGCACCCGGGCGGUGCGGGCCCGGCUGCUGGCCCUGCUCUGCUGUGGCCAGCUGGCCUGGCCUGGCCAGGGCUCCCCCAGCUCCUGGCAGCCCCACGGGGACAAGGACAAGGACAAGGACAAGGACAAGGACAAGGACAAGGACGUGCCCGGCCCCGGGCAGACGAAGCCGCUGCUCCCCAGCACCUGAGCUGGCCCUGGCUGCUGCCGAUUCCUUCUCUCAUGGUGCAGGGUGGUGGCACAGCCCCACAGAGGGAGCUGUAGCCCGGGAAAAGCGGCGCUGGAGAGGCUGAGCCCUGGACAGGUCCCGUUCCUCGCUCAGCUGGCAGGAUCCUCUGGAACACACUGCACUCCCGUUUGUGUCCCCUCCUUCCCUCACCCUCCACUGGCAAUCUGAACACUUGUUUGGGGUCUCACUUUCCUGCCUGCCGAGGCUGAUGCGUGCUGAGUUCCGAGGUGAACACAGCCCCGGGCCAGGAAAGCUCCAGGAGCUGCUGGAAGGACUGUCCUGGGCCAGGAAAGCUCCAGGAGCUGCUGGAAGGACUGUCCUGGGCCAGGAAAGCUCCAGGAGCUGCUGGAAGGACUGUCCUGGGCCAGGAAAGCUCCGGGAGCUGCUGGAAGGACUGUCCUGGGCCAGGAAAGCUCCGGGAGCUGCUGGAAGCACUGUCCUGGGCCAGGAAAGCUCCGGGAGCUGCUGGAAGCACUGUCCUGGGCCAGGAAAGCUCCAGGAGCUGCUGGAAGGACUGUCCUGGGCCAGGAAAGCUCCGGGAGCUGCUGGAAGGACUGUCCUGGGCCAGGAAAGCUCCAGGAGCUGCUGGAAGGACUGUCCUGGGCCAGGAAAGCUCCGGGAGCUGCUGGAAGCACUGUCCUGGGCCAGGAAAGCUCCAGGAGCAUGGCUUUCAUGUCCUGGGCAUGGCUUUCAGUCAUGGUGAGAGCCCUCUGGGAGCUCCAGCCUGGCUCUGUUCUUCACUGGAACUGGGACAGAACGAUGUUUAUUUGCUGCUGCUGCUGCUGGAUGGUGCCUCUGGAUGUUCAUCCCUCCUCCCUGGCGUUUAGGGGCCCGGACCAUCGGGGUUCAUGGGGGUUCUCCCGAGGGAGUCAGAGCCCUGCAGGCUCCCUGGCUGCUCGGGGAUGUGGGGAUGUGCCCCGGGCUCCAGCAGGGCCAGCCCCUGCCCGCAGCAGGACAGUGCCUGGCUCGGAGCUCCUGGGCUUUGUCUGUGCCUUGGCACUGCUGGAUCACACAGGGGACGGGCUGGGCUUUGUGUGCCAUUUGGAGAUCAUGUUUUACCUCAUUCACAGCUCCUCACUUGCUCGUUUUUUAAGUAUUUUCUCCAACUUUUACAAAAUAAAGUUCAGUUUCUUUA